AUGGCUCUCGAUGAUGUUCAGAGACGUGAGUACCUGCAGAAGAAUGUCACUGCUGACCUUCAGUAUAUCUGGGACGACUCAGAAGUGAGUUUAGAUCUUCAACAUAGGUUGGGGCAGCACUACAAAAAUCUGCGGGUGUUUGUGGCACUGGCCGAGAGUUCAACAGAGCUUCGAGAAGCACUCAAAACAGACUAUCAGCUUGAUGCAGCACAAGGUGCUGGACAGAGAGCAGAAGUCGCCAGAAUCAUUCCAGCAUGGACGGCAGGUAGACAACUCUAUGAAAAAGAAAAUGAACUUCAGGCCGAAAGCAAGGUAAUGGGAUUACCGAGAUCCCUUCAACAUAGCGAAAGGUUGGCUAUGCUUCGAGCGGUCGAAACUACUCUGGGAACACUAUCAGAGCAUGAUGUGCCUUCCAGUGAAUAUUUGGCCUUGAAGGUCGAAGAGUGUGAAAAUGGAGAAGUUACAGCGGCUUCCUUGGAUGAAAUCACAAGCAAAGCCCACAAGAACACAGCCUCCUUGCAGACUUCACUGGACACAUCGGGCCAUGUGCGAGUGGUCAAGACGAAAACGAAGGGCUCACUUCCUUCGAACACAGAAGAGUACCGCCAAGCAAUGAAAUUGGAAGCAGUCACUUGGUUGUGUAUGGCAUCGAAGUUUAAGGCAAAGCACUGGCUGGCGGGAUUGAAGAUGGAACAUUUCCUCAAGUUUGUCGAUUUUAUCCUUGGGGACCGGGUCAACGCAAUCAAGGUCCCAGUGGACAAUGGUCAGCAAGCGGUCAAGCCCAACUGGGCAUUGGUGCUGCAAUACGAGCAUCGGCUGCGCAGAGAAGCAAUGAAACUGGUGAAUCGUGCAGAGGCCACUUUGGCAGAAGCUCUGACACGUGUGACGAAGGACCCAGACCUGAAAGAAGCUUUCUUCACCACACCUUUAGCCCUGACCACGACGGAGACACCCCAGAAAUUUGCAAAGUACAACUCAAAGGGCCACCACGAUGGCAAUUACAAGGGCAAAGGAAAAGGAAAGGGUAAGCAAUUUGGAAAAUCCGGCAACAAAGGGGGCAAAUCGUACAACAAGGGCAAACAUGGAGAUUUAAGCCUGGUGUCGCAAACCCCUGAUGGCCGCGACAUAUGCUUCGCAUACAACAGCCAAGGUGUCACCAAUUUGGGAGAGCACCCAGCAAGUGUGUGGCAAUUGGCCGAGACAAGACAGUUGGUGGAAGAGUUUGAGGUUUCAAGCUCAGUGCGUGAGAUGACAGCUAAUGACACUGACAAACCAGAUCAGGAAACCACAGCUGAGCCUAAUCACUUUGAAAGCAAUGGAGGGUCGGAACUUCACAGGGGACAACCUAUGGAGAUGGACUGGGCUGGCAGACGCAAACCACUGGUGGACGGCUUUGGUCUUUGUUCGCCGACAUUGUGGAACCCAGCUGACCGAGGAGCACAUAUUUGCUCAGGAGGUCAAGACUUUUGCAAAUCAAUUUUUGGAAUGGUCUCGAAGUUUGUCACGGAAAAGCUUGGAGACUUGAGGUUGGCAGCUUUCAGACUGGGCCUAGGGAAGAUCGAGACCUCACCCUUUUCGGAACAGGAUUUGGACGAUUUGAGGAAAGAAUGGGCUUCUUUGCUGCCCUCCAGGUCAAAGUCCCUGGAGAUCCCCGUGCGCCAACCUUUCUUGCUGGGUAUGAUUUCGCAGUCUUUGGAGAAGGUAGAAGAUCCAGAUUACAAGAUUUUUAUGCAUGGCAAGGAUUCUUUUUGGACUGUGGUCCCAGUGGGUUACGAUGAGCCCCUCCCGAGGACCCCGGAUGUCUUUCCUCGAAAAGAGAAGGUGAGACCGCUGGAUGAGUCAGAGUACAACAAUUUGGCUUGCAACUACCGUUCGGCCCGAGAGAUGUCGGAAGAGCUGGAAAAGAAGUUUAGGGAAGAAGAGGCUUUGGGGAGAAUGAUCCCGACCACUUUAUCAGCUUUGCAAUCAAAACACCCUGAUCGAACCCCUUUGGUGGCAGCGAUGGGGGCCAUCAAGAAACCGAAUGGUGAUGUCAGACCGUUGCAUGACGGUACUCAUUUCGUCCAGCUUAAUAACAAUAUUUGCUUCCAGGACCAGUUGCAAUACCCUGGACUCGAGGAUGCUGCUGCAAUGAUACGUUUGGUGGAGGAUGACAAGGAAUCUCUUUUCGCGAUGUCGGCAGAUAUCAAAGCUGCACACCGCCUGGUGAAGAUCCGGGAAGAGGACUGGCCUUUGUUGGGGUGUCGGGCUCAUGACGACGAUAAGACCAUCUGGAUCAACACCGUCGGAACAUUUGGGGUAUCAUCUGCGAGUUACUGGUGGGCACGCCUCUUCGCCGGAAUUGGACGACUGGUUGCCUACAUCCUGGGACAGGAGAAUUGGUUUCAAUUGGUUUACGUUGAUGAUUUGCAUCUCACCUGCCUGGGGCCACGCAAGUUUCUUGUUUUGUGGACGGCCUUGGCGCUGUACGAGAUUUUGGGCACACCUUUCUCAUAUGCCAAGUUUUCAGGCGGCCUUCAAGUCUGCUUCGUGGGGUAUUUGCUGGAUUACCGUGUUUGCCGUUUGGGCAUUACCCAACGGAGGGGAGCUUGGCUGGUUUCUUUCAUCGAUGAGAUGUUUGCUUCGAAAGGAACGAUUUACAUGAGAAGGUUCAAUGAGUUUCUGGGCCGCCUUGGCUUCGUCUCUAGGGUAUUGCUUUGGUUGAAACCUUUCCUUGCCCCUUUGUAUUCGUGGAGCGCAGCGCUCGACCGGGGUACGGUCGCCAAGUGUCCCAAGCUGGUGAUGUUGGUUUUGAGAUUCUUGCAGUUGCAGCUGAAGGACUGUAGCCCUGGGCAUGUUGUUCCUUUGGUUCUCACUGCGGGAACAGAUAAUCUCGCCAACCAGUUCCUUCUCCGGGGCGAGAAUACGCUGGCAGAUGCUUUGACGAAUGAAGAUUUCACGGGUGUUGAUUUGAAGAAGCGUUUGGUUUGCGAGUGGGGAGAUUUUCAAUUUCACCUCAUCACUCGUCUCUGGAACGAACGCGAAGGCUACCUGGACAAGGACAUGCUGAGGUCCACUGCGCAGAUUGUGAACGAACAUUUUCCAGAUGUCCGAACCAAUUUGGAUGUGAGAAUAGGUUUGGGUCUCAGCGACCUUUGGGAGUGCUACAGGAUUUUGUCGCGCGUUUCGCGUUUCUUUGUGAGCUUCGCUCCAGGCCUCCCCGUUGGCUCGAGUCAGAGGUUUGAGACAAUUUCAAUGCCAAUGCACAGGCCUCCCUGUUGGCUCGAGUCAGAGGAACAGGACAGCAGUGUGGCUUCACCCAGCGAGACCACACAGUUUGCCGGUGACGACAAAAGGAAGGCGGAGAAGUCGGGAAAAUUUCGUUUGGUGCUGAUGGAAUUCGAUAUUGAGAGGUCACCAGAUCAUGAUUUGACUGAUGACGCAUUGUGGGACAAAAUUUUCACCCUUCUUAAGGAAGGGAAUUGGGUGCUUAUUGUAUCACCUCCACGUAAUACUUUCUCCAGAGCCAGAUUUCAACAUCAACAACACCCUGGCCCCAAGCCCCUGCGUACACGUGCUUGGCCAAAAGGCUUCCCUUGGUUAUCUGACAAGAAUAAAUCCAAGGUGCUGGAAGCGAACCUUUUCGUUGAAAGGUCUUUGAAGGGUUGUGAAAUUGUUGCAACAACCGGAGGCUUCUUUAUUUUGGAACAUCCUGAGGAUCUCGGGACAGUGCAGGCAGAACAACCAGGCUCCAUUUGGCAAUGGGAAGAGUUACUGGAUCUCAUUCCCAAGCUUGCUGCAGUUUGUUUUGCAAUUCAACAGUGCCAUUUUGGCGGAUUGACCCCAAAGCCGACAAGAUUUUUGGUGAACAUGAAAGUGGACGACCCACGUUGUUACAUUGCUUUGCCACAGUUUGAUAAGUCUGGAUAUUACAAAGGUCCUCUCCCAAAAGAUUGUGGUCACAUACACCACCACAAGUUAAUUGGCAAAACGGCAUCACGCUGGAAUACUGCCCCAAGUGCCUCUUAUCCUGCGAAACUUUGUGAAUUCCUGGCGAAUCUCAUUCUCAAUGCCACGGCAUCCUGCGGUGGGGGUCCUGAGAAUGGGAUUCCUACUCAACCUGAAGUGAAGAAACGCAAGCUUUCAAAUAACAUUUCUGCUCAAGUUGAGACACGUGAUGUUGAUUUGAGUUGCAAGACAGCCAGGAGCUCAGGGUCUGGUAAUGUUGUUUUUGAUUGCAGUGCAGUUGAUGCAACAACACUUGGGAAGGCACAUUCAAGUAGUGGGACAGCUGACAGAACUUGCAACAGGGAGAACGACCCGAAGGUUGGUUCAGUUGGGGAGCAGAUUGUGGUCUCUGACUCAGAAGGAGAACAUGAGACGGUUGGUAACCGAACAUACAGCAGUGCUGAUUUGCAAUUUGACAUGGAUGCAUGUUUCAAUACAGGCAGACCCAUUCAGGUGGAAUGGGAUCGAACACAGCGGGGGUUUGUAGAUGGAUUUGGAUUGUGCAGCCCAUGCAGAUGGAAACCACACCAACGCGGCACCAGACGGACGAAUGACAUGAUUAGGCUGGCAGAUGACACUUUCAAUUUACUGGUUGAAGGCGUCAAAGAGUCAAUACUGGACUGGAGGUUGGAAGCGUUCAAAUUGGUGACUGGUAAACUCAAGCAAUCUCCUUUCACUUCAACAGCACUACAGAAGGUCAGGUCAAAAUGGUUUUCACUGUUGAAGGAUCCGAAUGAUGCCGCAGUGUUGGAUGAAGGACAACCAUUUUUCCUAAGAGCGUUGUCGCAGUGGCUCACUUGUUUUGAGGAUCCAGACGCUCACUGGUUAACGGGUGUGGAGGAUUCAUUUUCAACUGGAGUUUGUCUUGGCGUUGAAAAACCCUUACCUAGAUCGAGACAAGUUUUCCCUGAGAAACAAAAACACCGUAAACUGGAUGAAACUGAGUUCAUGCCAAUCGCAGAGAACUACUCUUCAGCACAGAUGUCGGCGAAAGAGUUGGAGGAUAAGUUCAAAGAAGAAGAGAUGCUGGGAAGGAUGCACCCAUCGAAACUUGGUGUGUUGCAAAAGGAAUACGGCAGUUCCUUGAGAGUGGCAUCGAUGGCGGCUAUUGCAAAACCUGAUGGGACGGUACGACCACUUCAUGAUGCAACACAUUCAGUUAUGGUUAAUCAUGAUAUAGUAUAUCAGGACAAGAUUGACUGCCCUGGCCCACCAGAGAUUGCUUCGAUUGUGCGUGAAGCGACAUCUACAAAAGAGGCUCCAUUCUGCGUGAGCGCGGACAUCAAGGCGGCGCAUCGUCUGGUCAAGGUGCGCAAAGUGGAUUGGGGAUACACAUGUUGCAGAGCAGAUUCCAAUUCUGAUACUGUUUGGGUUAAUCACACUGGAACAUUUGGAGUAUCGUCAGCUCCGUACUGGUGGGCAAAACUUGCGGGGUUGCUGGGACGCUUCGUUGGAUUUUUAUUCCAUCAGCAUUGGAUGAUGCAGAUGAUUUAUGUGGAUGAUUUACAUGGGGUCUUCAUUGGGCCUGAGAAAUUCUUGUUUUUGUGGGUGUGGGUGCUGGCCUACGAGUUGAUUGGUACACCAUUUGGCUAUCACAAGUUCAAAGGAGGAUAUGCUUCAGAGUUUGUUGGAUUCCACAUCAGGUACGAUUUAGCAGAAGUCGGGGUGUCGACGAAACGAGGUGAGUGGCUGUUGUCUUGGAUCACAAACGCGAGAGCAAACAAGUUUGUAGUGCCACAGCCCGCGAUUUUGCGGAGCUCUUAG